AUGGACAAAAAGCCCCAUGUAAUCUUCUUGCCUUUUCCUGCACAGGGCCACAUCAAGCCCCUGCUUACCCUAGCUAGGCUCCUCCACCUGGCCGGGUUUGACAUCACCUUCAUAAACUCCGAUCACAACCACCACCGCCUCCUCUACUCUGCUGCCAGUAAGGUCCAAGACUGCUGCAACCCCAAGUUCCAGUUCGUCUCCCUUCCGGAUGGCCUGCCGCCUGAUCAUCCCCGUUCAGGCCCAUCCGCUGUCGACUUGUUUUGGUCUACUCGGUCCGUUAUGGAGCCCAAGUUCCGGGAGAUGGUUGUGGAGAUUUCGCGAGCAUACAUAGCUGAGGAGAUGGAGAUCCCGAUCCUAGUAUUUCGAACAUACAGCGCUUGUUGCACGUGGACAUACUUCCAUCUCUCGAGCUUCGUUGAAACGGGCGAGAUUCCUGUCCGAGGUGAAGAUAUGGACAAGCCCAUAAUUACCUGCAUUCCAGGGCUGGAAGGACUUUUACGGCACCGUGAUCUUCCAAAUAUCUGCCGAUGGGAAAGCAAUGAUCCAGUAGUUUCUUUCUUCAUCAGUGAAACCUCUAGAAUGGCUCGAGCCUCUGCUUUGAUCCUAGACACCUUCGAUGAUCUUGAAGGAACAAUCAUCUCCAGACUAGGCACAAUCUUCACAAAGAUUUACACAAUUGGCCCAUUGCACGGCCUUCUUAGGUCCCGAACUGCGACUACUAAUUUUGGAAGUCAAAUAGUCCUAUCGCAUGAACAACUGUUGGAAUUUUGGUACGGCCUGGUGAACAGCGGCAAGCCAUUCCUGUGGGUCAUUAGAGUGGACCAGGUUGAGGGUCAUGAGUGUGCGUGCCCAGGUCAGGGCCCAGAUGAGCUAGAGCGAGCCACCAAGGAGCGGGGGCUCAUGGUGAACUGGGCCCCACAAGAAGAGAUAGCUGACCAGCCGGUGAACAGCCGGUGCAUUAGCGAGUUAUGGAAGAUUGGGUUUGACAUGAAGGAUGUCUGCAAUAGGAAUGUUGUGGAGAAGAUGCUGAGGGAUGUGAUGGACGAUAAGGGUGCAGAGAUCGUGGAGUCGGUAAACUGUAUAGCUAAGAAGGCCCGAGAAAGUGUUGAGGUGAAGAUAGGGAUAAGUGUAUCGCCUGCAUUCCAGCUCUGGAAGGACUUUUACGGCACCAUGAUCUUCCAAGUAUCUGCCAACUGGAAAGUGAUCAUCUAA